CCUCUGCUUGUCUGCCACUGUCAUUCGAGGAUGCUCCUUCAACUCAUCGACCGACUGCAUGCCAACUUCUCGCCUUUCUCUCGCUGCGUAUGGGAAACGCCAUUCCUAGUCCGCGAGCCAUCGUUUACGCCACUACCUGACCUCCCCCUCGAGAUAUGGCUCGAGAUCUUUCAGUUUGCGACUCAUGUUUAUGGCACAUCGACAAUUGAGCCUUUGGACCCAUUCACGGUUAAGACCCCUGGCAAUAUUCUUGUCACCAACACGCCAAACACCUCGAUGCGGACGAAGUGUGUGUUGGUCAGCGUUAAUCGAGCGUGGCGGAGGAUGGCCCUGCAAAUAUUGUAUCAGCAUAUUGUCAUCCGGAGCCCCCUUCGCGCGACACUUGUCCUCCAAACCCUUCGUGAAGCACCCGAGUAUGGUUAUUGGACUCGCCAUAUCGAGAUCUACACCCAUGCUAGAGGGUCGAAUAGUCUCCCCUUCCUCCAAACCGUCCACCGAAUUCUUCAAUAUUGCUCCAGAUUACGAAUGCUCAGUGCGAGCUGGCGAUUUCCUCUUCCGAAGGAAUUUCUCGCUGCUGUGUCUGUCUCUUGCAGCUCAUCUUUGCAGGGACUGUAUUGGGACGAGCAGAAGUAUCUUCGUAGCUUGGACCACGCACCGCUGAACUUCCUCGGCUCUUUCAAAGCUCUCCAUAUCCUCGAUCUGCGCAACUUUGUUGGUGAUUCCACCUCAGAUGAUUCUCGACCUGUUCUUCAGAAUGUUAAACACCUAAUUCUCUCAAAUCGUGGUCCCAACAUCUUCAUCGCAAGCCUCUUCACCCUACCAACGGUUCAUACUCUCACCAUGUAUACUGUCGUCGACGGUCAGGUCCCAGAUGCUGUCCAGAUCACGAAAUUGCUCAAGGCUCAUGGGUCCACGUUAACGAAUGUCCACCUCCCAUCUCCCAGUAAUACCUCUGAUCCACAAGCACCCGAGCUGACGGUAGAAACGCGCACCACCGGAAUUCAUGUCCCUCCAGCAUUAUUUCUCCAAUUAUGUCCCAACCUCGAUACCAUUUCGUUCAGUGCUAACUCACCGCUCAUGGGCGAUUGCUCUCAUACAACCCUACGACGGGUGGCCCUUUACUCUGUCCGCUCCGACAAGCUUUAUCCGAAGCCAUCCAGAUCGAAACGAAGAAACGCCAGCGCAACUUCGCCUGGUGGACCAUCGUCGUUGCAUUUCUCAUUGGCAGUCAAUCACCUACGCUCACUGACGCGUGAAUCAUUUCCUGCAUUGGAAACAGUCAGAACUGCUGGGUUUCUUGUCUCGGCUGCAGCCGACUCGGAUAGCCAGAUCAAGGAUGUGUUUAUCAGCUGGCGAGAGCACUUUGAGAGAGACGGGGUGGACUUUCAGGAUGGGGAAGGCGUAGUGUGGGUCUACGAGUAA